AUGCAAAGACACAGAGGUGAGUUAAGACGUGAAAGGGCCGACUCUCUUAGAACUCAAUUGUUAAAUAGACAGUUGCAUCACAAGAUACAAGAAAUUGCUCGUGAUGCUGAGGAGGAGGAUUUGGAUACCGAAAUGGCUAAUAAUUUGGUAUUUCAAUGCUUAUCGUUAGCAAAUAAUACUAGUUUUCUUAUCAAGGGGCUAUUGGAUUUUUCUAUUUUUGAUCCCAAAGAUAACUAUAGAUACAUCAAUAUCAGGUUACCCAUGGAAAGUCCAGCCGUGGCUCAUAAUCAAAAUAAAUUAUAUGCAUUGAGUUUCUUAUCACUUUUUAUGCUAUUUUUCCUUAUACCAUUUAUUUGGGUCAUUAUACCUUUAGUGACACUUUUAUUAUUGAUUGUUUUCCAACACCAAUGCUAUUCGAAGAAAGAAUUAAACAAUGAAGAACCAUUUUUCCCAGUGUUCAAAAAGAGACCUUUACAAAAAGAGGUAAUUUCUCAAGAGUACUCUGCAUUUCAAACUACUUUAGAUUUAACUGAUUUAAAAGAAAAACAUAAUGUUAUCUUGACUAAUACUUCGUUAAAUAACUUACAAAUUGGUGAUUUCAUCUAUUUGAAAAAAAAUGAUAUUGUCCCAACCGAUAUUUUAUUAUUAUAUUCCAAUGAAACAAAUUCUACUGCUAAUAUUCAAUUAAGCGACAAUACUUUUACAAAUAAAUUUACAAAUGACAAAUUCGUCAAUCUAUUAAGAACAAACACGGGCCUGGCAAAUAUUAAUUAUCAUCUACACUAUCACAAGCGUUCAGGUUAUUUGUUUGUGAAUUCUUCAAGCUCAUCUUCAACAUCGUCGUCUUAUUCACAAAAGAGUUAUUUGAAAGAUGAAAAUAUAAUUCAAAAAGGUUCCAUUAUAAAUUCAAAUGAAAUUAUUGGUUUAAUACUAGACACCUCAACUAUUCAAUCCAAUGUCUUUAAAAGGUCUUAUAAUAAAAUCCAUAAUACAUUAAUAAAGCCAUUGGAUUUUUCUUCAUCAUUUGCAACAUAUUAUGAAACAAUUCAAAAUACGUUUUCAAAGUCAUUACCAAUCCCUCAUUCAAAUAAUUUCACUAUUAAAAGAAAGAGAAGAAAAAUUAUUGCAUUCAUCUUUGCGUUUGGUUUCGUAAGAUUAAUUUUCAUUUAA